AUGUUUGUCGGACAAGUGCGCAAGUACGUAGACUCUGCGUUGGAGUCAGUCCUUUCGCCUUUCGUGGAUUCCUUGGACAAGGCAGGAUCUCUAGCCCGAAAACCGAAAAGAAAGGGGACAUGUCCUUCCCGAGAUCGAGAUCCUGCGUCAGGAGGCAGUGGCCUCCCCUCUCGUUUGAGGACGACCAGGGAUAGUGACUUCGUUGAGAGGAAGGAAGAAGAAAAACUAGGAGAAGUUUCCUCCGGCGAGGAGGGAUCUGAGACACCGCGGGUCUGGUGGGCCCGCUGGAGACGUAAGAAUGAAAACCAGAACAAGAACCCAAGGAAAUCAGCAGCAGAUGGGUCACCUUUGUCAAGCGAUGGGGACCCAUUUCCACAGUCCGGCGUCUCAACAGAUGCACGUAGGCGGCGUACAAGCGAUCUAACAGAUGAUGGAGUGACCAAUUCUGGGGGGAGGACAAGUCAAUAUCGAGGUCACCGGAGCUCCACCGAUGGAGCAAGUCCCAACAGAAAGGGGACUACCCAAUCGAGCUCCGAUGAGGGUGACCCGUCGUCACCUUCUUAUGACGCCAGCCCGAAAUGCGCAAGUGUCACAGGCAGCGGUGACAUUGUCUACACAAAUAUCAAGUUACGCCGAGAUCUUCUGUCGUCCUCAGGUCUCCCCUUCGUCCUGUCGGAAGGAGUCAUCUCCUCUCUGCGCAUAUCUAUACCUCCUCUGCUAUCUCUCGCUCCUCUUGCCGUUUCUGUUGAAGGUGUGCUCUUGUUGUUCACUCCUCUUCCUGGUGAACUGUGGAGUCCAACUGAGGUUCGCCGUCGCGCCCAACAACAUCGACGAGCUCUCAUUGCAGAUCUUGAGGAGCAAAUUGAAAGUCAGGUCAGGGGAAGUCUCCGCUCGAGAACGGUGCGUAGCCCCACCUCGCACACUAGCGGACUGUUCGGCAAUUCAACGUCGUCUCAUUACUUAGCCACCGAAAGGCAUCUGUCCGGAUAUGGCACGCUAGGUUCAGCAGCUGAUAUGUCCGCUGUGGGUGGCUCGAACGCUGUCGGCGCAGGCACCGUGGGAGGAGUGGCAGGCGUGACAGGAGGUUCUCCUAACAGGGAUAGAACCAAAUCUACAACAGGAGGCGGUGGAGUGCAGGCCUAUAUUCGUAAUAACAUCGAGCAGUGGCUCCUAGGGCGAAUCAAGGUUAGUAUUCGUAAUAUUCACAUUCGAUAUGAACACCCAGGAGGUGUGAGCGGUGCGCCGUUUUCGUGCGGCAUAAUCAUCCCUUUCGUUCUUCUCAACCGGGGGAUGCCUGACGCGUCGUCUGCCAAAGUGACGCAUGCAGCCGCUGCAGCGGCAGCGAAGGAGAAAGCGGAACGAGAAGCGAGGGAGCAAGACUUCAAGAACAACCGCGGGAAUCCGGCACACGUGAGCGAAGACCCACGAGAGCGCGAAAUUAGUGAGUCGAAACGAAACCAAGCUGUUGACGGAGAGCGAUACCGGCAGAGUUCGAUCACUGCGCGACAGGCGGCGUUGGUGAGAGGAGGCCCGAGUAGCAAGAUGAGGGGUGCGGUGGACCUUGGCGACGCAGUUCUGGGCUCCUCUUGGAGAGUGGAGGAAGAAGGACAAGACAGUGUAAGUGAGGGUAGCGGGGCUACCGGCAAGAAAGAACCAGUACGUAAGAUUUUGCUUUGCAGCAUUGCCAUGUACUGGAACAGCGGGGAUACGCGGUUGAUAAGCGGAAAACCGAAGGCGGUAGAGCAACUUUUCCUGUUAGCGGCACCUAUGUGGUCGUCAUCGCCCGUCAGCGCAGCACGGGCUGCCGCUGCGGAUGCGGAAGCUGCCGCUACAGAACUGGCUGCCGGAGCAGCAGCGGGGAAAGGAAGAGAUUGGCUUCAAGGAGCGCAGGGUGUGCUUCUGCGCACCCCACCCGAGCCGCCGUUGCCUGUGUGUACCAGUAUCGAGCUGGGCGGCACUGAGGGCGCCGGAGAUCGAGCGAAGCAGGAAGUCGUUUCGGCGCCCCUGUCGCAUGCGGCACUUGCAAGGACUCGACAGACAUCUCGAGGCUUGGAGGGAUGCAGCUGGUUGUUGCGACUCUCAUUUUUCGAAUUCGCCGUGGUCCUGCAGCAGAGUGAGAAAGAAUCACCUCACAGCUUUGACAUUCGUGUUAACGGCCACGUGGACCCGGUCAUUUUGCAUGUGAACCGAGACAUGCUCACGGACAUGCGGUCGUUGCAAAUGCAUAUGAACGGUUUUUCUUUUUUCACAAAGUCCGUGCUGGUCACUCCCGCGUUUUUUCGCGGUCUGCUUGAUAAACAGAAAAACGAUUCCGCUGGCGGACUUCGGCUCCCUGGGCGGAUCGAGAACGUUACCAGCACCGCUGCCGGGUCGGUUUCGCGGGAACCAACUCGCGGUGUACUUCUGCAGGCCUCGCGGUAUAGCGGCAAUGAAUGGGUUCCCUCUGCUUGCCAGCGGUUUGAUGAAUCCGCCAAGGAUUCUGAAAGGGGGGCAUUUCUUUCCGCUCCGCCACCUGACCACCGGCGAAGCAUGGCUACCCUGCCCUUUUCGGCUUCUUCCAGCCGGUCCAUCCGGGCUCGGCACCGGUGGAGAUUUGCUGUAACAGGUGUGUGCUGGCUGCGGCAGCUACAGAAACUCGGAUCAUCGAUGCAGUCCCUAGUUUCACCUCCCGUCCUCACGAUUCUGAAGCAGCAGCGAACUUACAUUGAGCUCCGCUGUAGAUAUCGCUGUGAGGUGGCCAAGGCUCGCGCAGCCCGAGCCAAUGCUUCAUUGCUUUCUACAGUGUACGGGAAGCCUUCGAGAUCUGAAUCAAUGCAGAAGGAACUUGCUAGAGAGCUGCGCAAAAUGGAAGAAGAUGACCUUCUUUACCUGCCGACAGAGCUGGUGCUUCUGUGGUACCGUCAAGCAGUCCUCGAUCCUGGCCUUCCCCCCUACGACUUGUUUCUUCUCCACCGGCAUUCGCAUGCCGAGGGUGACGAAAUCGAGACAGACUCCGAAGAGGUGCAGUCGCAGACAGCUGCAGAUACACAGGCAGUCACCGGAGAAGAAACUGCGGAAGCUGCAGCAGUGAAGGCCCAAAAAAGUGGACGCCACGAAGUCACUUUCGCUGCUGAACAUCUAGAGUCGAACAUGCCGCGUUCACUGCCACGCUCUCAUAUACUUCCGAAUCCACCUUUUGGGUUCGGAGCCAUUGCUCACAGUCUGCCUCCUUUGUCUAUAUCUCCCUUCACCUUUUCAGCCUCGAUGCUCCCUCGCAGGAUUCGACGGAUGCUUCGCAGUUUGUUUCCGGGCGAUGACUGGCAGACAACGCCCCAGGGAAACAGGUUGCCUGCCAGUCGCAGAUUGUUUCAGGAGUUUCCGCGGUCUUCGCACCCGCCUCACCACAUGCACUACCGUUUCUGGAGCUCCCCUAACCGCUGGGUGGGCUUUCGUUCUGGGGUCUUGAAUGGGCGUUGGACCGGAGAGGCUUCAGGCGGCUCACUUGUCGGACGUCCGCCCGGCAGUGCGGUUAAGGAAUGCGCGAACACAUAUCUAAUUGGUGGCGGAUGGAGGCGGGACCCACGCCGAUCCAUGAUCGGGAGCAAUGCGGAUGCUCAAAGUGAUGACGGAACCUCGUUUGCUGCUCAUCGAGGAGAUGCCUCGUUCACUGACCCGACUGGCGACAAUGGACCGAACGGGUUGUCCUAUCAACAGCAUCAUCCGCAGGUCACCGGCUCUGCAUUUUCCAGUAGAAGUGCUGCCAGCAUUGGGUCUGGCGAAAUGGUGUCACAUUGGGGAGAACAAGGAAUACAGAUGUUGAGAAAUCCGCCUCCUGUUUUGCCUGCGUCGAACACACCGUAUGCUGUUUCCGUGGGCUCGGAUGACGUGGCCUUGCGACACAUGGGAAGUCUAAAGACAGGAGAUCCAGGACUGCUACAACAGUCUUCCACUCUACAAGGUCUGUCGCGAUGGCGGCUGCCUCAGGACGUGGUGCGCGGCUUUCUUCCGGCCUACGAAGACACCACACGCUAUCCGUGGGAAGAAGGGCAGCAGACGUGGCAAAAACAACAGACGCAGCUGCAUCAAGCAGCAAUGCUAGAACUCCAAAGCAGUACGCCAGGUGGCACUGCGUUGGAACAUAACCCUGAACCAAGAAAUGCCGUUGGAAGGUAUCCGCCAACGCUAGGCCCAGACACAUCGUCCAGUGAACGGUACUGCCGAGGCCUGAAGCCGUCUCAACCGAGGACAGGUGCUUUGGCUUCAACAUGUAGCCAAGCAAUGAGUAGGGUCACGGGGACACAUGUUCGAGGGUGUCGUGGCGCGGUUGCGCAUGGAGUGGCAGGUACCGCGGUACCCAAAUCCUACCAAAGAUCCGUUGGUGUUUCUGUGGCGCUUUCAUUCAGCGCUGUCGGCGUCCGGUUACACCGGAUAGAGGAGCAGAACCUCCGUAGACGAUCACAGUGGCGUUUGAUAGAUUAUUCUUUGGGUGACGAAUCGGCUGGAAGAAGGAGCUGUGGUGCUCCUUCGGUGGAGGUGGAGGUGCAUCGACAACGAACCGCUAAGCUAUCAACAUACCGGACACACGAUCCAAGGGAAACAACACGACGUUGGGAGGUAGUUCCCGAAGAGGCGCGUCGUACAGGGGUUUUAUUGUCGCAUCAGCGGACGAUCGUUCCACGCACCUCCUCUCGCAGCCCUCGAGCUCGGGGACUGUCUGCGCGUGAAGAUAGACACCGAUUUCAUGAUGCACCUGGAUGUGCUUCAGGCUGGGCUGGUGGCGCUGGGGCUGCACCGCUACGUUUCCUACAGACUCCGCGAGAAGGAAGAAGGCGACCAGUCAGAAGUCCAUGUCGCCUAACCUCUGAAGCACAUGACUCCCACGCCCGCGCGUUUCUGCCCCACGCCGAAGAUCGCCCAUGGGCUAAAGAUAUUGACUUGGUGUUUUACGACUUAGCUUUUCGCUGGGAACUCCUGGGUCCCUAUAUUGACAGAGAGGGUGAGGACAUGACUUACUACGGGGCACUGUGUGCCGGCACAGGGUUGGGGACCGGUUCGCGUGGCACGACCCCAGUUCGGCCCGGGUGUGUCGGAUCAGCAGGUCGUCUGCGCGGUGGGCAACUCGCAGUGGACUGGCCCAGCUCGGAGUGCGACCAAGUUUUGACACCUGCUGUUCGAGACAGCGGCAGAAUUGUUGUCUGGGAACUGUCUGUGGCCAAUGGAUUUCUGGGGCCAGCAGAACCAACUUGGAAUCACACCAUACCGCUUGAUGCCGCCUUCUUCGGCCUUCUUCCACCACCGUGCUCCAUUCAUCUUCUGCACAAGAUUUAUUCUGAAGCACUGUCUGGAUUCGUGCCUGAUUUCUCACCUGGGCAGCGCUGUUCCACCACCGCUUCCAGACGACCAGAUGGAGGCGUCAGUGACGUGACAGAAGGACCCGCUCGGACCCCACUCCGCCGCGUCCAGACUGGUGUACAUGGGCAGUCGACAACUGGCGCUGGAAGGAGAGGGUCGUCGCCAAGCCGAGAAGUGCUGACAGGCGUGGCCCGAACGGACACCUCAGGUCCUGGAGUACAAUUUCUCACCAGUGUAUCGCAAAAUGCUAACCAAUCAACCUGGGGAGAAAGCGAUUCAAACGACGGACAGAGUAGCUCCCCCUCGCAGACGCGCCUGAGACAUGUGCAGCAGAACCUGGUCGCAACGAAACUGAGUCGAUCGAAGUCAAACGUCCACAAUCUGCAACCAAGAGAUCGAUAUGUGUUUCCGUCAAAGUUCGUAGGUUCACGAGUAGCGCUUCCUGGAGUGGGAGCUCCCUUCUCCCUACGACGCUCAGGCACACUCGCCCCAAGUCGACUUCAUCAACCCAACACAGGCGUCGAACCUUGCUCUGGCAAAUCCAGUUCGUCACAGCCUCCUGAUGCGACCUCAACCGAUGGCCAGACCAGCGACCACCGUACUCCGGUGUCGAACCACCCUUCACCACGACACAGACGAGACACUCGAGAAGGUAUUCGAUCAUCCUACACAAGUUCUCAGGCAUCGUCGCCCAGAUUGGAGUCAGGUGGAAGCGCGGACCUUGAUGGGGACUCUGUGUCGUGGAAAGGUGCUGUCGAAGGGCGAGACCUGCUGGCAGUUCGAUCUGAAUUGGAGGAGUCGCUCACCUCGGUGUCCAGCGUCCUGAUGCACUGCUCCUGUUCACCGUCAACAUUUGUCUGCGAGUUAGCUAUGCCAACAGUUAUUCUUUCCCCAGCACUGCUGCGUCUCACGGCAUGUAUCUCCAGCAUUUUUGAUAGUCCUUCUCACCCCAGCGCCAAGCUCAAACUGAGCGACCAGAGACAGGGAACUAUGCAGGGGAGAAUCCACCAUCAUUCCGCGCUUGUGAUAUCUACGACAUCUGGCAAGCACCUCCAACGCGAAAACAGUUUUCCGGCGGUGAUGGAAAUCGAUCCAGCACUAUUCUUGCCCCUGGAACCGCCUCUUUACAUACCCGUAUACCCCCCUCCUUCAUCGUCGCCAGCCUUGGCGGCUUGUCUAAUGGCGGCAGACACAGCUGCAGAAAAAGAGCAAGAGCAGGAAGCCGUUGCCCCAGCGAUGGCGGCCUUUGGCGCUACAGAGAGUACCGCGACCAACGAGGCAGACCCCUUCGCUUCUAACGCGCAAAGAGAACCUCAAGACCGAUCGUCGGGCGGGGGAUUACCAUUGAAUGCGCGUGCUCCUGUGCUCUCUUCGUUGUCUGGAGCUUGUCGGGAAAUGUUCAGAACGGUGUUCGAUCGACCAGGAAGGGGAGUGAGAGGCCGAGGUUCCAAACGGGAAACGUCACGAGAUGGUCACCAGAAAGCCGACGGGACAGACAGCAAAGCAUUCUUGGCGGAGGGUACUGUUCAGCAGGACUAUCACGGUAAUUCAGGUACACACGACUCCGACUCUGAAAUACUGCACGCCCGGGUGCACGGAAACAUCUCUAGGAACUCGCUACAGUCACACGCAAGCCGCGGUGCUGGUCGUUUAGCCAUUGAUGGCUUAAAGGAAACCGCCGCUGCUGCAGCUGCGAGGGCUUCCACUAUCGUUGACGCUGCAGCAAACGGUGUGAUUGCAGCAAUUUCACGUGCAUCUGCAACAGCGAACGUGCUGCUUGUGCAAACGAAAGCGGCAGCCCACACGCGCCACUCGGCGUUUAGCAACUCGAGACGGUGUAAGCGAGUCAGUGCCUUGUUAACACUCAAGCAUCUCUCACUUCAGCAUCGCCAUGGAGUGGCUGACUCAGUUCCGAGACAUUCGCGUACCCUUCAGGUUCAACUGAGCAAUCUGCUUGUUCUGCUUCCUGCCGCUGUAGCCGGCAUGCCCAAGGCCAUUCAGCGUGCGAGGCGGAAGGAAAACGUUAUUGAGGCGUUGGCAGCGACACCUGAGGUACCACUGCGGCCAUCGGAGGAGGUUGCCUCCAAGCGCCUUCCGACAGAAGGGAAUUCUAUAGCCUGUGAUCGAAGUGGAGAUGACGUACAUAUUGUGUCUUCAUUGUCCCCGGAAACAACACUCGCUGUUGCUGUGUCUCCGGCGUUGCCCCUUAUGGCGCCUCCAUCAACUAGCGCGCCUUCAAUCCUCGUUUCGUGCCACAAAGUGGCCUUAGUUUCAACGCCGCAAACGCCUUCGUCACCCGAUGUGAAAGCCGCCGCGGUCGAGGGUCUUCAGGUGACUGUGGCACCACAGCUUCUCCAACUGUUACAGAUUCUACGUGAGCAUACAACUCCGUUCGAUAGAAACGGUGCAGAAUUUCAGGAGACUCCGGCUAAUGGCCCGUCCCAAUCGUUCGACCCAGGAGUCCCGACGGAGGCUCUGCUGCGAGAUCAUUGCGGGGGCGUGAUGGGGAGACGAGGAAGGAUCGCUCGUAUGGAAAGGCCGCCAAUGCCAAGGAGUGGCGAUCCGUUUGCACCGAGCGACGAAGCCUCGCACAGGGUUCGGGAUCAGGAUAGGCCCGGCAGAUCGGCUACUGGUUCUAGGGAAGGUAAAUUUGAGACGUUAAGGACGCGCUGGCCGAGGAGUGGACGGGGUGCUUGCUACCUUGUUCUUUCCUGUCCCGGAGUAGCGGCUGAGAUGACCAGUAGGCCUCCCAACACAGAAUUUUCCAGGGCUGACGGGAUCGACAGGGAGGUGACUAUCCGGGUGGGGGCGGAUAUUGACACACUUUUUUUGUCCGAAAAUCUACAACACCCGCAUCAGGCGGAUCUACAGCAAGUGCACAACAUUCGCAGCGGCAGUGCGUCACCUGCCUCCUUGUUGCUUUUUCCCGGAACUGACACCUCACGCUUCUCCUCCCGACCAUUUCUUCUUCUUCCACUUCCUCCCAUUCCGGUAUGCUGUGUCGAUGCGCACAGUUUGCACCUUUUGCUUCGAAUUACUGCUACAUGGAACGCGACUCUUCGCCUCGCCGAACUACAAUCUAACCUCGUUUUUGUUCCAUUCUAUAUCAGGCCAGCACCACUGCAGCUAUGGGCUUCUCCGAUGCUUGUUCCGGAAAGCCCGUGGUGGGCACCAACCCGUAGCAGGUCCACCUCAGGCCAACGUGAGACACUGACAGUAUCCUCUCCAACUCCCUCGUCUUCUGGCUUUGACACAAGAGACCGGCUGUUACCGGACGGCUUCUUUCAGAGCCCUGCUAGUGUCAAAUCUGCCACAUCAGUGCCUGCGUCCCCGAGACGAGCUCGACCCUUGCAGCCUUCUGCGAUUGUGUCUGGUCCUUCGGCAGCUCCUGCUUGCUUUCCCUCACAUCGCCAUGAACUUAAUGCUUCAGGCGCGAUGUCCCUUCGGAGAGACAGCGCAGAACCAAACGUCGGCCGGACCGAUGUCGGGCCUGCUUCUUCAACUCAUACUCCCAUCUCCCUCUUUUUGGACAUUUCCGAGUGGAGCAUGUGCUGUGCCUCGGGGUGGUACGUGUUUCGCGGGUGCCACGCAGGGGCAGAAUGCUGUGAAUCACAGAAACCGGCUGAAGGCGAAGACCGUGGUGUUUCUUAUGCUGACCACGAGUCCAGUGCCACUGACAAUCGUGGGCCAUUGGGCUCUUUUUCGCCUCGUUCAGAGGAACGUUGGGAACCCUCAUAUUUUUCCCGAAAUACCAUUCCUCGUAGGCUGCGCACUCGAGAGGGAACUGUGGCUGAUCAGGAGCCAGCCCCACCUUGUGAGUCAUUUGGUGGUUCCUCCCACGGAAACCAGGACGGACGUUGUUUUCCCCGACAGGUUUUCUGGUGUGAGUGGCGAUGCCACCCCCGUCACUGUCGAGGAACUAUAUAUCAUCCUUGCGGCCUGGACGAGUCUGCUGCCGGGACCAUCUGCUGCAGGUUCCGACCGGUUCAGUGCCCUUUAACACUGUGGAUUUAUCGACACCCAGAUGAUUUGGUUCCUCUCGUCGUGUGUCAUCCGUUGGCCGUGAGGGCAGACAAAUGCUGGUCGACUCGCUGUGUGUUGGCUCGAGGCGGAUCGGGCGUAUGCUCGUCUGGAGGCAAUUCACUACCGUCGCUGCGCGUGUCAUUCCUUGCGACUGGGCCUGCACCCGUCGACUUCGUCGUCAAAUCAGAACGGCGAUCGAGAUUGCAUCGAAAAAGAAGCGUUGACUCCGACAGAAUGGUAGGGCAUAGUGACCGGCUGAUGUCACCGAAUAAAACGCACCCGAAUCACGAAGGCCCGGGCUCCAAACGGAAUGUGUCUUCUCAGUCGGCGACACAGAGACUCGAGACCAUGGCGUCUGUCCAUCCGACACGUUUUCUGACUACACUAGAUCGCGGACUAGCGGCACCAUCAACGUCAGUGGUAGACGGGUGCACUCAUUUCCGGUCGAGUAAUGAAGGAAAUAUCUCCCCAGGCCAGAGAGGCUUCACCUUUUGGACUUGGAGUUUUGACGUCCCAGAUGAUCAGGAAUGGCGGUGGGUGGAAAAGAGAUGUUGUCUCCGUCGCUGCCAAGGUCCGCAAAAGUCAUUCAGGAGAUGCACAGGGUGCUGUUCAAGUGCUGCUCACAUAAUGGACGUUUCACGGAUAGCCUCUUCAAUGGCUGACGGUAACGCGGUGUCUUCGGAAACCGCCUUCGAAUCGAAACAGACAACUGAUGUUAGGGACCAAUCCGGGGUAUCAUUGCGAGAUGAGCACGAACCUCGAAUGGCAAGUUCUCUAGGGACGCGCUGCGAGUAUCCAUGCCGCCGUCUCUCGACCCUUUCUAUCUCGUCUUUGACUUACGAAGCGGCCCCUUCUGGGGCAUGCAAUAUUUCAGGAGUCUCACGAAGAACUAUUUCUGAGCACUCACCCGCGACUCAUAUGGAUACAUGGAGUGCUGCGGCAGUGAAGAAUGACCCUCUCUCUUUGACUCAACCCGGCCUGAUCGAAAGCAACUUGUUUCCAAGUAGCUCUGAAGUCGCGUCUUCUAUCGGAUAUGGUGCCGGCGCAGGAGGGUGUAGUGCCUCUGAUCCGACAUGCUUGAAGGCACGAAGCCCGCGGGUGUCGGUCUCCUCAGCUACUGGAAACGCUCUUGGAAGAGAUUCGAUUGGUUCAGCAGGUGGAUUGACUGCACCGGUAGACAAUUCAAAAUAUGAGAGAGAAAACCGUUCUCAUGACGAUGCCCUACAGGGUGCACUUGCCAGGAUCACAUGCGUGCUCAGGGGAGCGCUUGUUAAACUGCUGAUAGACCGUCUUGCUGUGCAGCUUCUGCCUCCGUCAGCUCCUCUCAUUGCAUUGGCGAACGUGUGUGCACAUGAGAAUCCGGGAGGGGUCUUCGGUAGCCACGAGAAAAGCGGAUUCACAUGCACGGCGAGGCAGCAUGCAGCGGGUCCCUCUCGAAAUAGGGGGCUAGGCGACUACCAGCGUCUGCCCAGUCGCCGACUUCUGAUGCAGCUGCAGGAGCAACAAGAGCUGUGGCAUCAACAGCAGCUUCAACGUGGAUCGCUUGUUUUAUCCGUUGUCGGUGUUGCGGUAAGUGCCACAGUCUCCCCUCUUCUCACACCUCCCGCCUCCUUCGAUUUUCUCCUCCGAAGUGUUGUCGCUGAAAAUGCCCACGUCAUUCCUGAAAGCCGCCGGCGGAUUCUGCUUCGACCGUCUCUCCAGACCUUGUCACUUUGCAGCGGGUCGCCCGCGGAUUGCAGAGGUGGCGAGAUGGAUCCACGGAGGACCGCUGAAUCACGGUUCUCGGCCGACACGACGUCUGGCCCAGUAAUUGCCCCAGGCAGCAUUCCAACGAUUUUGAGUGCAGGCAUUGGCGACGACACGGAGGUUGAAAGUCGUCGUGCGAGGCGUGCCCAGAAUUAUUUUAUCCGCGGAGGCAUUCAGUCAAAUCGAGCGCGGCUAUCAUUGUCGAAGGUUGAUGUUUUCCUCGCACCCCAAACCAUCCAGGAAGUAUGCGGAGCGGUUGCGCCGCUCGUAGGUGUUCUGGCAACUGCCGCAGCCUUUUCUCGGUCACUGCAGGCAGUAUUGCAGGAGACAAACGCCCCUUUGAGGCGGCAACCAAAAUUCAAAGCAGGAACCGACGAUGGCGGUUCGGAAGGUCGUGCCCAGUUGCAUGAAGGAAGUAGGAAAAAACAGCCACAGUGGUUCGUCGAGGUCCAGUCGAAAGGCGUUGUCAUCUCUCUCCUUCAGUGCUACACUAACACUAGUCUGUGCAUCGUUGACAUUGGAGAUUGUGCAUACACAGGCUCAACUAGUCAUCGCUUCCACCUCUCGUCAAUAAACGUUGUGAGUGGGGGUCUCGGAAGGCCUAUUUUCGAGGCACACAACCAACGCGAAGCCUCCGACCAUGGCAAGGGAAAUGAAAAGUACGCACCGUCGAGCGGGAACGUCUCUAGCGGAGGGAGGACGGGCGCUGGUGCCAGCUUGUGCGAAAUGCCAGGUGGCCAGGCCCCAGCAGAAGCCGCGGCUGCUGAUUUCACUCAUGCGACUACUCGGGAACAGUGUUACGGCGGGGUGGUCGGCUCGUUGCGUGACUCCGGAAGAUCGCCAGACUCACUGGGCCACCAGAGGGCCCGAUAUGCUAGCGAUCGUGGUAUCAUGCAGGAGAAUAGGUUUGGUGAUGGAUGCGUUGAUGGAGCUCCGUUGGCACGCGGCAAUAAAGCACUAGGCACAAGGAUACUGCCGUGGCUGGAGGUGAUCUAUAGCCCACAAGCCGAGCGAACAGCAACCGUUCAAGAGAGGCUGCAACAACAGGGAUAUUUAGCCUCUGCGGUUUCAUCGGUGUCGCUUUACGUGGCAGACAGUUCGUGCUUUGUCCGCAUUCCCGAGUUGAUCCUAAUUUCUCAUUUUGUGUCUGACUGUCGGACGGCGGUGCAAGAGGUUCUUGAACGCCUGCGCCGGGUGGCACGUCACCAGCAGAUGCAGCUUCAACAGAUCCAGCAGGCAAGACUAGAAAGCCUCCGUCAGAAGAUGCAUAUGGACGAGCUGCAGCGGCAAGCAAUGUUGUCUCAGCAUCGUCUCCGGCACCAACAGGGGGUCCCUUCCGUGUUUCUCCGGACUGAGGGAAUAACGCCUGUAGGCGGGACACAGAAUAGCCGAAUGAAUCAUGGAUUUCUAUGCACUCCGGAGAAGGACGACGGUGCCAGGAAACCGCGUCGAGAUUUGAGAGCAGAAUUGCCCGAAUGCAACCAGAGCGGUGCGCAGCAUCCGUUCGAUGGAGCUCAUGGUAUUUUGGAGUCAGCAAAGGAGCGAAAACGACCUACAUCACGAGGAGACUUAAGAGUUCUUCCCGCGCUGUUUCUCAUCCGUGUUAAAGUUUCGUUUCCCACGCUAUUUGUGGCCGCCGACAAGCCGGAGAAGCCUCCUCCUGUCGUCGUUAGUCUAGGACUUCUUCAAGUAUCUACUCAUCUUCACGCCCAAGUAACCUUGCCUCCACCUGCUUUUGACAUGCGCGCAGCUGUCGCCGAGGUUUCUGAGAAAGUGUCCAAGGGGAGCACGGUAGUGCCUGUCACUAGCGCAGAAAUGAACUCCUCGCCAGCUGCCUCCACCGGCCAACGCCGCGUUUCCGCAGACUCGGGCCUCCGCCAAAAGGUGGAGAGUAGCGGCUCCUAUGCCAGGGAGCUUCCUGACGAAUGUAGAACGGAAGCGGUGGCUGGAGAAUCUCGCGUGGAUUUCCUCGUAGCUGGUUCUACCCCUCCAGGAUCGUGCACUGAUACGGCAGCGCGAUACGAAGAGUGGAACCUUCCAGUUGCAGGAAGCUUCUCUGUUCCUGCUUGUGAAUUCCAGAUUACGUACGAAAAUGCCCAGAUUUAUCUGUCCGGUCCGAGUGGUGCCUUGUUCACGGAGAUGAACAAAAGGAACGAGAGUACCGGACGUCCAUCGUUGGACAAUAGGGUUUCCGUAGGUGAGUGCUUCACGUUGAAUGCAGAAGUAUGGAAGACUCUUCGAACAGGAUGUUCUAUGUAUGCCGCAGGAAAUGCGCGUGACAGAGGGGUACCCGCACGGCGAGAGAUUGAGCCAGUGAAGAACCUGAAGUGGGCUGCGUCCCAAGGUGAAUUUCGUCUCUCUGGUACCGGUGGUCUCCCGUAUGGCUCGACUGGCCAUUUCGAGUGGCAGACACACUGUUGCAAGAGCCCUCUCUGGCAGGAGCGCGCCAAGCUAUUCCUCCGGUCUCAAAAGUGCGAUCUGUGCGUGUGUGUUCGUUGCUCAUACAUUCACCUCCGUGUAGCGCCGCAGCUGGUCGCGGCUCUCCAUGCCAAUGCUCAAAUGGAUGUAGGAUGUGCGCCUCAGCUCCCGUUGCUCCAGGCAGUGGUGGCCAGCGACGACAGCGAGCCUGGAGCAGGAGAAACUGAGGACGACUUUGCUGGUGGCAUCCUUCGAGGACGGCGUCGCGACAGUAGACGCACGGAAAGGCAUCGCUAUGUUGACAGUAAGGCGCCGGAGUCCAGAAUGGCGACUCUUUCCACCGGUAGAGGUGAAGGCGUCUCUCCUGGAAUGAACGGAACGGAUGCAGCAAGGUCUGCUGCAAGUGUUGGCGGAGAAGGGACAGAUGCAGACGCCUUGACGCGUGGGGUGGCCCUAGGUGUGCAAGGGCUGGGAGAAUGUGAGACGAUGGCCGGUCAGGUGUGGGACGGGAACGGUAGCGUGAGUGGUCGUCUGGGAGGACAUAAUGUUGAAGAUGGCACAGAUGAGCGGAAGAGCAGGGAUAGUCUCAAGCUGGAUGUUGGGAUUCAGCAGGACGGGGGGACUCCAGGUAAUAACUUUGAAGAUAGUUCUGAAGUGGAAAACCUCGGUGAACCGGAUUAUGAUCGUCACAGCAGCGAUGGCGAUGGAAGUGAGACUGAAAGUGAAGAGGACUUUUUUCUCGAAGCCAGCACUGACGACGAAGUGAAUAUGGCCGUGGAGGACCAGCUGCUCGCACUGGUGAAUGACGCCUCGAAGGUAUGCAAGGACGGCGCGCUCGGAGACGCUAGUAGUGGCCUCCUUCAGAAACAUCUGUCACUAAAUUGGCACUUUCCUGCCCGGCGAUUGUCACUGCUAUUCAGUGCCAAACUCGACGGAUUGACGAUAUCUUUCUGCGAUGCACAGGCAAAAGUGACACUGGUGCAUGUGAACGCGAAGAACGUUCAUAUGUGGGAUGUCGGGACGAUAAAUACUCGAGUGCUGACGAUCGAAUCUAUAUCGAUUACCGAGUCCAUUAGUAGCAGCGACCGAACACCAUCGUCGGUCCUGUCUUUUUCGAAACACAACAGCCCUCAGGCCUCCCCCUGCACAACCACCACUUCAUCUCCGUCAGGCGCAGGAACAGUCGACGGCCCGUCGUCUGAGGCGCGUCCCUCACGUGACUGCACAUCGCGUUCACAGACUAACGGGAACGCUGUAUUACCAGGUGGCGAAGGAACAAAUGGUAAGACGCCAGCAUAUUCGUCAGAAAUCUGCCUGUGUCGCAUUCCUCUAAUGCUUGUUCCGUCGCUCGCGACUUCGUUCCUCCGCACCGCUGACGACCGCCACCUGCGCGACGAUUCCGCUGAUGACUCGUCUGGCUUGAGCUGGAAGAGCGAUUUCGGACUGGGUCAGACUGACCGUGUGGACUUGUCAACAUACCCCGAGACUGGAGAUGCCGCGGCGUCGUUGUUUCCUACAGCGGCCUGCGUGUUAGUGGGAAAUCCGUCGAUAGUUGUGGCGCCAGCUCUCCUCAGCGCCCUGCAUUUCUGUCUGACCUUCCCCGUUUACACCUUUGGAUCCGAAAACGGCUGCCAACACAGGACUGGUCUCGGAGCUCAACGCUCAUGCAUACCCUUCUCGCACCCCCUCGAGUGUGCCUUCAUGCCCAGUUCCACUAUCGAUGCUGCUGUGGGAGGUGGAGCUGUGCGCUUCGCUCGGCGGCAGGAGUACGAUAUAUAUGCAGCAAUCCAUAGCCAGGCAUUACCACAGGGUCUUGAAUCAAGAUCGAGUCUGAAGCGUUUUGAGACAAUGACGUCAGUGUCGGGAGGCGCAAUGAGCGCAGAAGUCGAACAUCUAGCGGAGCCUGCGAAUAAAUCAAACGGUGCCAAUGUGGCCGAAGUCGAACCUGCCCGGAGGAACACUCGCAGCGCGUGGAGAGAGAUGUUGCUUGAUAGCGUUGGCAAUCACGGCCGCCACCAUGUACCUGACCGUGGCUCUGGCCCGUCCGGAGGAGAGUCAGGUAGUGAAUACUCGAAGGGACCGCGUGACCUUGCGUGUCGUAGUCAUUAUGUUAACGGGAUGAUGGGGAUCCGGGCACGAGAUCGUGUUGAUUUGCGAGGUAAUUCACAAUGUCGUUUCUGCAUGAAUGGACGUGGGAAGCGCUUACAGGCGGCUUUCUUGCCUGAGGGGCACAGCCGCCCCGGGAGGCGCUUGACAGCCGCAUCCUCCAUGGAGCCCAUUCGGCCUCCUCACAUGGUGAACAUGGUGCCCGACUUAGCAAUACCCGCGCACUCAUCCAGGAACAACGCCUCACCGGCAGCUGGAGGUCCUGCGUCCAGUGGACCAGAGAGUGUGGUGCUACCUGCUUCUUUUGAGUCAUCGACCCCUGCGAGGAGGCACAUCACUGGACGGCGGCCUCGUCGGUCAAGUCGGGUGGCUCUGGGCACACGAGGGUUCGUCUGUAGCCGAAAUGACUAUCCGUCCUCCCCAGUCGAUGCCAACACGCUUGGCUCAUGGACUUUUGAUAACUCUGAAGCUUUUCCAGGUUCUGUGGAAGUGUCUGACGACUGCGAAGACCUGUAUGUUCCCCACCCACGAGCAAGACGAUCUGGAUUCGGCUAUACGUCUCGUGGGCGGGAUUCUUGCCGCUCACUUCACAGGACAUGGGGAAGGGAUCCAUCGGCGUGCAAUGGGUCUAUCGAUUUUGUUGACAGUUUGACGCAGCUCGCAAGUGGAUUCAGAGUCCCUUCUCGGUUGUCCACUGUUCGUGACCGAAUGCUUGCGGAAGAUCCGGAGGUGACCGCUUAUCCUGACUCCACUGCGGUAGGCAACGAGGGACGGACUGCCCCGCAGAAAUCAGGUGCUGGUGUUACGAGCUACGACGCUGCCUUAUUUCUGCACCCUUGUCUGGCAGCAGUUCAGCAGAUCAAUAUACUCUCGUCGUGGCUUGCCGGGGAAUUUCGGCGACAACAAAUUCACAAACUUGAGUCCACCGCAGCCCGGGCCAUCAGUGCGAGGCGUGCCCAGAGGCAGAUCCAGAAACAACGACGAGGCCAGAAGAGAGCUGACGUUGGACGCGUGUCUGUUUAUCCCCGUGUAGACGUCGACUCCCAGCUGGAAUUCGGGCGGCACCGUGCGGAGCAUCAUUUGGAAGGGGAUGGCGAAAUGGAGAAGGAUGAGCACGAGCAGACUACGAUGGAUGAGACUAUGCAAAAGUCUGAGAGUUUGUCUAAGUCAGGGGAUUCAGCGGUGCACCGUGAAGAAGAGGGAGUCCCUCCGCAUCAAACACCCAAUCCUGCACUGACGAGUUUUGAUCGCAACCAGCCUCUUUGUUUGCCUGAACGGCAUUUCGAUCAUAAAGAUAAUCUCACGUCUGAGCAGGAGAGACAGUUCGCAUAUUUGUCGCAUCUUAUUCGUCUUCUUGGCCUAGGCUUCGUCCGGACGGGUCAGGUAGAAGGCGCAGGCAUCGCUCGCCAACGCGCAGCCGUCACACUAUCUGCUGAAUACGUCCACUUUUCAGUGGAGGAGCUACGAGUCGAACUUAAAGCGAUGCCUGCAUCAUUUAUCCUUAUGACUUCAGUUGAACUAACACGGAGCUCACAUCUCCUCCACUUCGGUCUUACCGCGACGGACAGAUAUGUUGAUCUCGGUCGUCAGCAGCCGCGCGGGACUCUUGAAAGGCACGCUAGGGGAGAAGGCCUGAACGCAGACGUGCAUUGGCCUGACUUGGUUCAGGAAGAAGUCUCGGAGGGAGCUGAUCCUUAUAGCCAGGGAGAGUUUCUAGGCAAUGCUUCGGAGGCUCAAUCGCAAAGGCGUAUCAAGGACACACAAUCCGAUCCAGCAAUAGCCUCAGUGAGCGAGCCAGGACAGAACGCACGGCGCCAAGUACUCCUUUCUGUAGGGCGCCCGACGGAGAGCCGCGAAGCAACAUUCAGGCCAGGCCAAAAAAAGUGGGCCGCCACGCAGAUCCGACAGGAGGCGGAAGCGGGAAUCCGGGAGGGCAAUGCGUCCAGUGAAACACCGUGGAGCCGUGCGAGAUUCGAUCCCGACGUAGAGUGCUUAGCAUCGACACCAGCGCUUCAAAUACGUGUGAGCGAUACAAGCUGGGCCGACGGUAGCCGAGCUCCAUGUCUUGAACUACCUAGCAGAAGUGGUGGCCAACGCAUGCCUAGAUCUCCUAUAUCUGCAACAGCCGAUAUCGCCAAAGGUGUGGGCGGUGGAGACCGUGCUGCGUCCAGACGUGUGAUGGAGUUGUCCUCAGAUUCCGGGAUACGCCCAGUAUCGGGACAACACGCACACCAAGGUCAGACUCCCUGUCCUCUUUGUCAGUUUGAAGAAAUCAGCAACGAAAAGGUUGCUGCUGGCUGUCCGGAUGGAUGGUACGGCUCGACAGACAAUAUUCACCUCGAUCUGAGUGCAGAAGAAUGGGAGCAAGACAUCAUCGAUGUCGAAGCAGGCGCGGCGGAAAUGCGGGCAACGGUUUUCAGCAGCGACGCAGUUUCAUGCGUCCUCUCCAACUUCUCUAUCACCGUGCACAAGGAUGUUUCUCUCUCUCGUCUGAACGCGCAAAUCUCCGGGGCUUCGUCCGCGUUUGCCGUCGCCUCCGCCUGCAACGCUACGCCUCUUGCAAUCAUACCAGCAGCACCAGACGGAAACGGUUCGUCGGAGGUACUGCCAACAUACUGCCACAGUAUCUUGCCUUCACUUCGCACAUCCUUCAGCUACCACUUCGGAUCUCCUCCAUUCCAGUUUCUCUCCAACUGUAUCUGGAACUACCGUCGGAGCUCCGCCAACAAAGUGCCUUUCACAGGAGGCGCGUUGCUGGGCCGACCACCCGGCGAGUCUCCGGAGCCAUUACAUGAUAAAUGCGAUAUACUCUCUGCUAUAGCUUCCUGUGGACGCCAGCGGAUGCCGGCGGGUCGCGGAACUGUCAGCCAGGUAGGUCGUGUAACGCAACCAGAUGAUGAGCAGUCGAAUGAUCGACUGAAACGCGCAAGCACUACCGCGGAACACUCCACCAACAAGAUGGCUAGGCCCUGCGCCACCUCCCGCCUCAAUGUUCCCCUCUUUCUUAUGCUUCCGACGACAAUGUUGCUGAGCCCGGAUACGCUGGGCGAGACAGCCGCUUCAUGGCUUUUCCCCGUUUAUGAAGACAUUCCACUUCAAGCAGUGUCGGAGGAAUGUGCAGACGCCGUCACAGUAGAACAUCGUAGGCGCGUGCGGCACGGAGAACAUCCGAGCGAGACUCUGCCCUCGAAGUCAACGCGCUUGGCUCCACUAUCGCCCCUGUCACCGCCAAUCCACAAUGUUGUGGUUUCGUUUUCCCCUAUUGAACUCCGUAUUCGGACUUGGGAUAUUGAGCGCCUACAAAGGGCAGUUUCGUUAAUGUUCGCGGACAAGCAAAGGCAAAAAUUACAGGUUCUCAGUGCCUUUGAGAGAAAUCAACGGAGACAGCAGGUGAGUCACCUGGGGGAUCUUCGUAGUAGUGUCGUGAAUACUUCAUUGACGUCAGACUCCGUUGCCUUCCAGGACUCACAAAACCUGGCAAGAAUGUCUACGUCCGAACAGCCACUGCCCCGACGCUCAGACGACGCAGCUGUGCACGGACCGGGUGCAUGCAGCAGCGAGGCUCCCACCUGGAAACAACAACCAGAUUCGCGACUGAUUAACGAACCGACCCAUUUUUACCGGAAGCCUGGAUGUACAAACAAAAACGCUGUGUUGGACGAACAUGGUGCGGUUACCCCAGUCGUGUCACCUGCUCAGGAGCGGUAUCCAAAUAGACGUGCCUUCUGGUGUAUUGGCGAGGACGAGGCUUACUUCCAUCACUCUCCACUGACGGACCCUAUACGCAGGGGGGGUUCAUCCCAAUAUCAAACAGAUGCGCAAGCGAUGGAAAGUCCUCUUGCGCUUCCAGAAGGCUAUCCGAACAUCGUUGCGUGGCAGGGAUCAUGGAUAGGAGAAGACUCGACUUCACUGUCAAAUGAUGUCUCCGCUAGUGGACCGGUCGCAAUGAAUUUGCAUGCAGCCAGUCCUGCUGUGGCGCCAACGAGCUCGCUGGCAUCGCCUUUGCUGGGCCUCUGUGGCUUUGCGGGGGCACCGACACAACUGUUGUUCAACCUGCCGUAUUUUUCGUGCACAAUUUUAUAUGACGUAUUCGAGGGUGACCUCGAAACAAACCGGUCCUUGCCAAUUUGUCGGAUUUCUGAGAGGAGCCUGCCAGGAUCAGGCAGCAAGAAUGUUCGUAUGACGCCUGAUUCACAGACAAAUACUGUCGGGGUCCUGUCAGAGUCAUCACUGGGAAGGUACGGAGCUGGUAAGCGGUCUCAGCUCCGUUCUGUACAACAAUCCCGGAGACCGGCUCGGAAGCGCUGUCAGGCUCACGCCGGUGUGCAACAGGAUUCGAGUUCAUGCUGUACGCACUGGGUUUGUGUGGGAGAGCCGAGGACUCAUGGAGCGCAUCCCCUGAUGCGGAUCACCAUCAAACAUAUUCGGGCGGCGGGAACAAACACACUCCUUCGGUCAGAUUACACCCCGUCAGUGGUCGAGUCUAGUAGCGCUGCGACGUUGCUGAUUCCGGAACACUUCCGCAGAUCUGGAGCUGAUGCGAGGUUGGCCCAUCGGCACGCACCGGAGUGCAGGCGGACAGUAGAAACGAGUGGUCACGUCAGUACGAGGGACGAUACUAAAGAAGACCUAAGCGGGGCGCGGCAUCUCUUGAUGCUACUUGAGAAACAGCUAGUGCAGCAGAAGGAGGACCUCAUGAAGAGGGGUGCAGAAGCUGAAAUAAUGAAACUCGGUCUAUUGUCUGACAAUCUACUUGUCAACGGCGAAGCCGUUGUCAAAGUCGAGGCGUACGUCAUGGCCAGGAGGUCGCUUGUGAGGAACUCCAUGGUAACUGCGUCCCCAGAGCCGGCACAGACUGGGCUGUUACGUAAUCCAUCUCAAAAAAAGUCUCGCCCUGUCACCAGCAAUCCAGGCUCGGAGACGGGUGAUUCAUCGAGACGAGCUGGAUUUGAAUGCGGGCUCCAAGCGCAGCGGCAACAUGACAAAGUCUGCUUGCCUAAUGGGAACGUAUCCGCACGGUGGACAAGGGAAGAAGGUUCUCCUGUCUCAGAGGCCGCGCUAGGUGUGCUAACCACAGUGAGAAGUGAACGGAGUGCUCGGGAACGAAAGGAGGAUGCCAAGCAACGCAUAGCUGUAGGCAAAAGAGUAACAGCCGAUCUCCCAAGGACGAGGCAGCCCGGCACUUCUGCGUGGCUGUUGAAGGUCGCAGGCGCGUAUGGCAGAACUGGCACUGACAAAGGUGGGGAAACAACGCCGGUUAACAGCGAGCCCUUUUCAGAGAUUAACAGCUGUUUUGUGGCAGCUGAACGAUGUCAGGGGGAGUUGGAGAGUGCGCAGCGUUGCUCGUCACAACAAACAUCGUCUGCUGGACGGGAGAACAGCCUUCCUGUCAUGCGAGACAUCUAUGCGCCGAUUGCCGAGCCUCACGUUGAGGUGGAGGAAAUAUGGGAGCCUAUUGUUGAUGCAUUCGUAGGAUCGUUCCGAGCUUCUCUAAGAGCAGAUUCUGCUGAUAUCGUUUUCACUGUUUCGGACAGGCCACUGUCCCAAAAGUCUUUUUCUCUGGUUGGCCUCACUCCCCGCCUGGCACCUCAUUCUAUGUCACCUUCUUCAGCAGUUGCGGCUGACAGCUUCCGUGCCAAGGCACGACUUGCGGGCACAGCAUCCAGUAACAUGGAGAAACGGACAGCAACGGAACUGAAAUGCGACGGUACCGUUGCCAGCCGUGGCAUGCAAGAUGCCAGUUUCAUGAGAGGGUUUCUGCAGAGCAGCUCUUCGCUCUCUGCAAGCGUUUGUGAAAGGUCACCGGACUUGAAUAAGCAAGGUACUGUACGCGUAGCAUUCGCGUCCUGGCAUUUACAGACUGUGAUCCAUCUUCUGACGCACCUUCGUCUGGAGUGGUCAAAGGCUGCGGAGGAAAGCAACCGCGAAAACACAGCUUUCUGGGCUCAUGCGGCCGCCGAGUGGCUGCUUCGAUCUCAGUGGGCACACGACGACCAAGCCAUAGAUGAAGAUCCAGCCGCUGAACGCGUGUCCUGUCAUGCUGAAGUUUGCACAAGAUGGCCAGUCGUUGGUGACCUACUCUAUCCCAGAUCCGUCACAAAUCGGGGAGAAGAAUGGUUUUCGCUCGUCGGUCAUGACGAGGGACCUCAUUCGGGGUGCCUCCCGAAGAAUGCGUCGCUUAUUUCAGUCGAUAGUCGAGGCAACCAGAUUAUGCACUUGCAGCCCGGUGAGCGUGCAUCGGCAUGUAGGGUUUCUUCCGUUACCUCUACUACCUUGCCAGCGUCAGGAAGUCUAUCCAGCGUGGGACAGCGGAAUGUCGCCUCUAAGAAAGUCCCGAGAGAUGAAUUGCUGAAGCGCAUGGGGCUGACGAGGGAAACGAGUGCUUCGGUUUGGGGUGCCGGCUCGCCCGAAGCGUCUGAUAGUUUACAGCACGCCUCCAACGUCUACAACCCAGCAUAUGAGGGUAUGCGCUCGAAAGGUACCGCUGUCAGCUCACGCGAGCAAGACGUUAUUCCACGUCGCCAAGAUUGUUUGGCUCUGCCGCGUUCGCCUCCUAAUAGAUUUAUGCUUGGUGAUGGACGUUAUCUAAGCGAGGAUAGCCCUCGUGUAAUCCCGUACUGCUACCUGCCAUGUGUGACCGUAAUGGACAUCAAGCAGGCGAAGGGGCAGCAUAGUGGGAGCGCAGGUGAGUAUUGCCUGUCUAGUUGCGACAACAACCCGGGCAUCUAUCGCCUGCGAGACUUUGCGGUGUUUCUCCACAAUGCAUCGGGACUGCCUAUGCUAAUUUCCAUCGAACCUUCGCCAGGACUGUUGACUGUAGACACUUUCCAGACGAAGAGAAUCGCGUCGGCCUCAUCACCAAGGCACAGUUUCGCAGACCCACCAAACGAACGCGUCGAAAGUCGCACAGACAGCAAAAGAAGCAGAUCUGUUCGACUAUUGGCUCCUGAUCAGGUGGUGGCUCUAGACGCUUCGUUUUUCUAUGGAGAUCCGCAGACUCGAAGUGACCAUCGAAGCUGCUUGUUGCACUUCGUAGCCGUGAACCAUAUGGAGCCUGAGGUAACAACCUCUGGUCACGCGCAUCCAGUUUCUGCAGCGCGAACUGCCACUCUGAGAAGGAGAGGUCCACUACCGACAGUACAAAAGAUGAGAGAAAGGUCAAGCAACGACGGGCUUAAAAGGUUGCUCAGAAGAAGGAAUCGUCUGUGGCUUCACUACGUCAAGACGAAAGGUGGCCGAUGGAGGUGUGCGUUUCCGCCUCGUUUGAGAGUUGCCUCCAACCGACAAAGAUGCGCCUCAAAUAGUCGUGGAGAUCGGAGCACCCGCUGUCACAGCCUUGUUCGGGCGGCUCUGGCGACGCCAGAGGUGUGGAUGUGCGUGGAGUUACCCGUCGUGCCUUCCGCUGCUGUAAUCCGCCUGCCUGUUGUUCAAGGCCUACAUGCACCUCUAAAUGAAUCACCAUCAGUGCACACGGGGGGUAUGGGACAAAUGAACACUCCAGCUACCGUGGACCCUUAUUACGAGGAUACGUUGAAAGGAGGUGAUGCAAGCGACAUCCACCUGUCCGUGUGCUGCAUUCAGCACUUGCUGCUGGCCCGAGCGGUGGUCAACGGGGGAGCCACAUCUCCAGAUGAGCAACAGCAGCUGAUCACCAUCGGUGCUCCUCUGACAUUAAGAAACCUUACGCCGUUCUCUCUCGCAUGCCAACUGGGCGUGGUCAUGCCGCAGUUAAACGCUAGCAGCAAGGGUCAGGUAACAGGGGAGGGGCGCGAUCGCAAACGCUUUUCUCGAUCGGUUGAUUCUUGUGGUUACCUAGAGAAGGAUCGUGCUACAACCGGAGGGACAGCUGCCACCACUGUUCACGAGCAGCCGCCUCAGGAGGCACGUGAUAACGACAGCGCUGCUUUGCAAUGUUUUGAUGACGACGAGGUCAACCUUAUCCUUCCAACGACAGAGCAAGGCUCCCACAGUCACCCUCCGACAUUCGAAAAAACAGAACAUGUACAAGCCUGUGGGCAAGCGGGUUUUGCCGGUCCAGAGGACCGACAAAGAACUGCACCCUUGGUGAUGCCUGCGAUGCCCCGACGCAGCGAGGCGGCAAGCGCGACCCAUGUCGUGCCAUCGUUAACUCGGGUCCUGAAAAGAAGUCGGAGAAACCAGACCCUCCGACAGUCCGCAUCAGCUCGAGUGGGAAAGAGGAUUUUCCUACGGGAAUUUGUUUGCCCUCCACGGGGCGGUGCCUACAGCUUGUCUGCCAUGGCACUUGAGACUGGGGAUAAUGAUUGUUUCCACGACGCUUCACUGGCUCAAGGUAUGAAGAGCUCAACCGCGACGCCGAGGGCGCCUGCAGGCGUCGAGCAAACGCCUUGCCCUUCGCGCUGCGGAACAGAGCACGUGAGGUCGAUAGGGAAGAUCGUUUAUAUAAGACCACUCAGACCUUUGAUUUUUGACGCUUCCACGAUGCUGUCUCUUAGGGUGCAGCUUCGGCAGACGGGUGGCUGCCACUCCGGAUCUUUUUCAGGACCAGGCAAUCUGUGGAAACAUGAAUGGCAGCGUCAGAUGUUAAAAUUAUCAAACCGUGUUUCCUGGAGUGGGCGCAGAGAGGAUGAAGGGAGCCAUGUCUGGGCGUCAGGCAUAUCAUUCCAACCUGCUGGAAUGCCAGGCGUGUUUGGUUCUAUUAUCACGCUGCGCGAAGAAACAAAGAAACGGCCGUCGCUAAAAGAGCUCCGACAGUUGUCAACAGUGUCUCAAUGGAAAGCAGCAUCCCUCAGGCUCCGACGUUCAUCUAGCAACACGUCCUCAUAUUGCAUCGGUGAUUCCGGGCGUGUUUUCUUGCUCGCGUUUUACUCUUGCACGAUGUGGAAACCCGCGGCAGUCACAAUUAAAAACAGUGAUAGUGAGAGACGCAUCGAUACCCCGUGGCUUCUCCCACCCUUCACCGCCUGCUGUUGCGGCCCGUCUCGUGACCUCGCGCUUGGCCACAACGAGAAGCAAAGAGACAAAGUUGCGCCUGGUUCGUCAAGUUUCAUGCGGUUAGAAGAUCUGUUCGACGACUGUGAUGCUAAGGACCGAGAAUUGCAGGAGCGCUGUCAAAGGAGCACUUGGGUCGUGAAGGUGCCCCUUCGCAUCUGUAAUCACUUGCCCUUCCCCGUCACUCUGCACCUCAAGGAUGCGACAGCUCCGACGAACACGCAACGAGUUGAAUGUCACAGUGACGCGACCUCUAAGUGCACCGAUGCUGGCAGCAAAAAGGAGAGCAGCGCGUUGCCUCUGAAACCGAGUGGGACGAACUGCCGAGAUCCUCGUCACGCGCGCCAGCCUUCGUCUUCUGCUUGUAUGGCACCCUCUGCAGCUUUCGGCAACCAGUCACACCCUGAUGAAUUUCGCCCGCUCGACGAGAUGGCUGACCGCAAGCAUGGUAUGGUAACACGGGUUCAAGCCGCCGCAGCAGCUGCUGGGAGGGGAUCCUGUGAAGUCAUUGUUCCAUCCCUUCAGCAGCGUCUUUGCUGCGGAGUCCAUGGCGCCGAGGUAUUGCUCGCCUCGAUGAAGCUCCCCCAAUCUAGCUGGAGCGAAUUCUACCGUGUGUGGGGCGUGACUUCGCCGGUGGGUCAAAAGAACUUUGAGGUUGCACAUGGCCCAAAGGACAAUAUCUGGUGCACUGAUGACGGACAUGCAAAAGGGGCCAGUGCCAUGGCGUCGUCCGAAGUUGGUGACGGAGCGACACCGUCCUAUGGAUCAUCUGGAGGCGCACACAGGGGUAAUCAGCGCGCAGGUGGUAGAAUUGGUAUGGCGUAUUCGAAGAGCCCAAUACAUGAAGUCCAAGUGAUUCGAGUCGCUGAUCUCCACAAGCGGAAAAUAUUCGAAGUUCGAGUAACUGUCAUUUACUCCCCAUUUGACCCCAUGCUGCCGCCGCAUUUUCCGGGGGUAGCGGCUGCUUUGACCAUGAUCAUUUCCGCGCCUGUCUGGCUGUCUCAACGGUGCAUUCAAGCACCACUGUCCUUCGUGCCUCUAGCCCCGCCACGUGAGGCAGCAACCAGCUGGGAAAGGGCGAGCGACCUCGCCCGUGGCUUAUGCACAGCACCGCAGUUCAGUGAGACUGAAUCAAUCGCAGAUGAAUGCUGCCUCGCUAGUGCCAGCGGAUACGCCGAAUGCGAGGUCGACACCCCACUUGCCAUGUACAACGCUGGGCGUUUCCUUACGCAGGGAUCACAGCCGAGGCAUCGUCAGUCUCGCAGUAGGUUGCUUUGUUCGAUAGGCGUGCCAAGGCGAACCAAGUAUGGAAUAACGGAAAGUGUCUCAGGAAGGAGGAAAUGGCGGAGGAGCGUUGUACAUGGAAUAAAAUGUUCAAAUGGAGCUCCUGCGAUCGGAAGAGCCCUCCCGCUUCCGAGAUGGACCUAUGUAAAGCCAGUAUCGGGCGGCGUUGCGUUUCGCAAUCCCUCAAAUAAUCGCAGCGGCCAUGAGGACGCACCUUUGCCGGCACAUGGACAUAGGGUCAGGCGCUCUCCAACGAGCAGCCGCCGUAACAUCAAUGUUGGAGACAGCAACUGCAUUAUCGAUGAAUCGAGGCGCUCCACUAUCAGUGAGCUGACAGAUGGCACCAUUGCAGCUAGCCUUGCGGGGGUUGGUGCAAGCCCACUCUUGUGCGCCUCUGCGAGCCUGGAGGUCGGCUGCUGCUUCCUGAGACGCCUGGAACAGGCCGCAUGGGACGACCAUGAACACGGACAAGGUCUGUCACAAUGGGGCUCCACACUAGGUGGCUGGGGAAGCCGAAAUGGGGGGCGACACCAGCACAGAUAUCCAUCCCAAGGGCGAACGACCCGUUCGGCGUGUUCUAAUGCGGCCACAUCUGAGAGAAACGAGGAAAUGGAUGGCAUGGCUUCAACCGUCUGCGGUUUUCACGGCCCCGGUCUCCUUGCCUUUCGUGCGUGUCGGGGUAGGGAAAACAGUAAAGCUCAUACGACGUCUGAUAGCUGGGAAGGGCAGAGGAGCGAGUCUUCUUGUCAUGCCACAAAUUCCUCUAGACAAGGCAGGGAGCAACUGUUGUUGCCUGGAAUGUGCUGGCCUCCGGGUUGUGGGGUCCAAAGCGCCGAAUCUGCAUUUGACACGGUGCAAUGGUGUCGCCGUCGCCUAGCCGCCACAACUGCCAUGAACCAAUUCAUUCUCAGCGCAGGUGUUCUAGAUAUCCGGGUGCUACUAGAUUCUGGUUCUCUGCUCUCGUAUUUUUCAGUGUUACACAGACGUGACACAAAACAAGAGGGAACUAUCUCGACAGAGCAAGCCGAUGGUGGAAGCUCGUGCCUGGAUCCGCAUUGCUCCGCCUUUUUACCUUCUACCAUUUCUCCACCACACGCGGCUCUACCGUUGAGAGUCGGCUGUUACGACAUGGUCUUGCAGCAGUCCGGAACGUGUACUCCGGACACACAUCUGCUUUGUCUAACGAUGUUCCCGGCGUUGUUUCACAACCUCGUUUCUUCCUCUCUCCCUCGCUCAACUCUUCGCGGAGCUCCGAGGGCCUCGUUUGUGUCUGGCUCCAGGCUGACUCGAGCUGGGACAUCCCUGUCCUUGUACGGAGCAUCGGACACCUGGUCGGAGAAUGAGCACGCCGACAACAGCAAUGGUGACGCGAAGGAGGAUGAGAUUUUGCCUUGUCUGUCGACUGCGACUCCGCUGCCAGCCGAAGAAGAUCGCUCUGCGGCUUCCUUUCCCAGAGCAGCCACAUCGUUCCCCUGUUACGUGUCAUCGGCCACUUCGCUGUCUACUGCCCUUUUGUCAGCGUCCUCUUUGCUGACAGCUCGGUCGGUGUUGCUCCAGUGCGUGCCUCGGUUUGUCUUCAUUAAUUCUCUAAAUGUGGACUUGGAGAUUCGGCAGGCUAAUGUGAGCGUGCCUUUUGCCAUGCUUUCUUACUUCCCUCCUGGAUCUCACAGUUACGGGUUUCACGACCGCGGCAGCAAGGAUUCCCCUUCAGCAUUCGCUUUGAAUCGAAGACGCGAUUCCGCGAUGUGGCCCGAUAGGGGGGUUGGUGGGUCUUUCGGUAUUCCAGGUGACGACGAUGAAGUUGAACAAGAGAUGUCCUUAUUCAACACCGUAUUCAUGACUCCCUCGUCCCCCAUUCUCUUUUUGCCAAAGGGUGCUGCAGCAGUGUUUCAUUUUCCGGAUCCAACAAUGCCGUACGCCGUCAAUAUUAGACUAGCGUCUCACACGUACUCCUCACCCCAAACGACCAGAUUCCGUCGACCGCAGACACAUAACCUGCACGUGCAUCAGCCGGAUAUCUACCGCAUGCUCAAUGCUGGAGACCACUCCAUACCAUCUGAUUCUCCUUUGCUGCUGCCUCAUCCUUCAUUUGAAGGAAUGCGUCUUCUUGACGUUCUCCGCGAAGAAAACAUCCUCUUCAUGCAAGAUCGUUAUUGCCGAGAUGGCGCGGCCGCUGCGCUGGCAGCCGCCAGUGAUGGAGAGCAUUUAUCAAAUUCCCGCGGCAGUGCGAAUGGUAGUGUCGCAUCCUGGAAGGAUCAACAGAUGCCUUUGAGGAACACUCAGGCCGACGACAGUUAUCAUAGCCGGGAACCAGCUGAAGAUGUAGGCGAUAUGCUUGGUGGCAUAAGUGUGCACUCGCAUCGUGGCCGAAUCAUGCCACCUUGGAAAGGAGAUGAAUCUAUGCCAGAUGCCACCAAGCAUACUCAGUUCCACGAAGGACGAGGAAGCCAGGGCUGGAGUCGAAGCAGAGUCGACGCUUCUUUCCCAUCAGGGCAUCUUGUCAGUGUUGAUGAUCGUUGCGGCCUGGAAAGUUACCCUUACUGGCACCCACUUUCGACGGCUGAGGGGAGGCUUGCUCUAUAUCCCGUGCCAGAGACGGAUGGCCUUGAAAGUGUCCGAACAAAGCCUCAGCCGCACAUUCCGCUUCUGUAUGAUGAGUCGGAAGGAGAUCUGAGAGAUUUCAGGCGACCUGUGGGAGCUGUUCGAGCAGAAUGGGAGGAAGCCUGGGGACACGAGCCACAUGACGUGCCGCGACGGCGAACAACUUUGGGAAGAAGCGCGAGAGAUUCACAAUCUCUUUCUGUUGAUGCUACGCAAUUGCGACGUUCUCAGUCCGCGUCACUUGCGCUGGAGUGGAGCUCCCGUGUUGCUGGUCGCCAAGUGCCUCAGCAACAGACAGGUAUUCCGCUCCAAGGCUACAAUAGCAAGGGGGUGGGCAGUGGCGGUUCUCUGUUAAAUGCUUCUUCAGGCCAUACGAGCACAAUCGAUGUGGACGCUACCAACGCGCAACGUGGACAGGCCUUCCAGACACGGGACCCUGUGACCUCGACGCUAUUUGGUCGGAAUGUCUCUUACGGACGGGACGGCACAUUCUCUCCGGUAGGAUAUCGUGCCCAGACGUCGUGGACAAACCUAGAUCGAAUCGGUGGGUUGCAUGCGCUUCGCCGCCAUUGGCGAGAACGAGGAAGAACCGCAGUCUCCGCUCGCCCUGAUUCUAAGCAUCAUUUCGGGACAACAUUUCAAGUCAUCGGGGAUCACGGGGACGCCAGACGCGUGCGAAAUACCUUACGGUGCCCAAUCAAAUUGGCGGAUACUGUUAGGCGCCGCAAGUGGCCCUCAGCCAAACUUCGAAUGUCUAGACUGUGGAACAUUACUUCAGAUACUCGAUCAGGCGACCUUUGGGAUACAGUGACUCAAUGCGCCGGCCCACAAGAAGGUUUUCCGGGGGUUGCUUCUUCACACUUGCGCCUCGGCACUGGGUCAAUGCGCAACCUGUGGCAGUCCGUUCGGUCUCCGCCGCCUUUAGCUCACUCAUCUCCUCUUGAUCGCGACUUCCUCGGAGCGGUAGCAUCGCCGGCAGGUGCUGCCACUCGGGUCGAGCCGAGUAGGCGUCCGCCUCAGGCCUCUAGUGUGACUGUAGGUUCAUCGAAUCGUACAGGAUCUCUCACCAGUGAACCACAACGCCUCAAGCGCACCCUUUCUAAACUAGAAGGCACACACAAACAACCACAAGGCCGGGAAGAAAGCCCUUUGGGUCGCGCGUUUUCAGGUGGUCGGUUUGCACCUGAUCGCAGUAACGUCGUACCGCCGAGGCUCUCGUCAUGCGGCUCCUCCGUCGUACUUCCCCGUCAUCCGCUGAGACGUUCCCGUUCCUACCUUUCAUCAACUUCACAGACUUCAGAGGAGUGCGCGUCAUCGUCAGGAAACCGUGUCUGCGCAAGCACUUUUUCUCGUAGUGGCAACGGAGCGCCCCAUCGUUUCCAAACAACUGGUCACUGGUCAAAGGGAUUCUCUGACGAGCGUCUUCCCGGAGUGCCGCUCCUUCCCUCGUUGUCGCCUGAGCACAUUUGCCCCCCGCUGCCGUACUUUCUCUGGACAGACUGCCUCUAUGUUUCUUGCCCGGCCCCGGAAACGUCGGCGUACCGCCGCAUUGAUCCUGUCGUGGCAGCAGACAUAGGUAACGAAAAGAUUUCGCCACGUCGUUUGGACGUCUCCUCCAGCUAUUCGUCAUAUGGAAGCAACUCCGCUGUAUCUGGGAUAUUGAAUCCUCUCCUAACGACUUGCAGGGGUCCUGACAUCGCAUCCAGGAAGGCGGCCUCCGCAGAGGUAGGAGGUAAGGAUGCAGUUUCACACGCGGUGUCAGCAGACCCCGAAUGCUCGGCGGAAGCAGCUCUGGCUGCAGCAACGCGCAGCAGCAGUCAGAGCUUUCCAGUCCUCGACUGCCUUGGUAACCUGUUUGCCGCGGUCGAGGCGACUAUCGGAAACAGCGACGAUGGUAAAGGUGGCAUUUGCUGCGUGACAUUUUCUGCGGCCCGAACGGCACCAGUGCAUGUGGAGAACCACCUUGAAUCAUCCUACAUUCUCGUGGCCACUAGCUCUCCAGCCUGUUUCACAACCGCUGCGUGCGCCACAUUUGCUCCUGGAGCCUCGGAAUGGAGGGCCACGAAACGGAACCGGGUGACUACGACCGCGGGAGAGUCGUCGGACAGUGGGAACGCUGGAUUUCGGAAGCGUCACCCCCACAUUGAUUCGGAUUGGUCUGACGGAAACUGUGGGCCUCCGCCCGUGUGCAUUGCGCCUCGACAGAGCAAGCCCUUCUGGCUGCAGCGAGCUCUGCCUCUCUGCCCUGCCUGCGAGGCGGCGGACAUCGCUGCAACAAGUGCGUCAAGGAGUGCAGCCGCGGCUGCGGCGGCAGCAGCGUCCGCCGCUAUCGAAGCAGAUCGCCUCGUCCAGGUCCGUGCUGCGAGAUCGGCGACAGUGAAGAGGCUCGACACGGAGCGCAUCAAACUAAAGGGUGGUCGUCGUUGUGUGGCACGCCAUAAUAAUAAACGACCAGCAGGAUUCAGGUUUCCAGGUGAUCUGGAUGAGAAGCAGAAAGGACGUCGAGUCGCUUCGCGCGACAAUGUAUGGAGUAGUAGACGGACAAGCGUGGCACGCCCGAGUGGAUCACUUCGAAGACCCGCAAGUACUUCCGAUAAUGGAUGUAGGAGGGCCAUCCCACGAGGCGCGCACCUUCACGAUGGCUCUACGGAUGAUGAUCCCGAGGAGUGGUAUCACAGUAGCGUAGCCAUGACGGAUUCCGGUAUCUCGUGUAGCACGCCUGUGGUAAGCGAGGACUGGCACGGGGAUAUGCGCGAGUUAAGCGUCGACUCUGUUUCCUCGUUAUCCUCUGAAAGUUGCAGGCGAAACACGGUGAAUGUCCAUCGUGGCUGCACGUCAUCCUCGUUCGAAAGUGACACCCUUUCAGACCGUUUUCUACAGAAGCGGGGACGAUUCGGAGGAGAUGACAUUUCGCUGGAAAACGGCUCCGUCAGCGAUUUCCUGUGGCCUCCCCCGGCACUUCGUCAAAUUCAGAAACAGUUAGAGACAGCUUUUGGGGAAGGGAUAAAGAAAUGUCAGCAAACUGCCGCUGCAACAGCCGGAAUCCUCAAGCAGUCGCUGCAGUGGCCAGAGUUGACAGACACCGAGGAUCACAUCCGCCGGCUGCAGGCCCUCCCAGCCACGCGAAGUUGGGGUCGACAAGGUGUGCUACGCUGGUUUGAAAAGCUCGAGGCAGCGGAACGGCAACCAGGUCAGCCUAUUGAGCAUGUCGCGAAUUGUCCUCGACGCCGGUUUUCAACGAAUAUGGCGGCAACUAGUGGUCAGCCCGACCUUGCCGGUAGCGUGAGGACUCCAUUAGAUCGAACCGCAGAAGGGAGGUCAUGGGGCACUAGCCCCUUUAGGGGCGCCGAAGAGUCUGGAGGGACGGCAUGUGAAGCUGCCGCAGGCACAGCGGAAAAAUAUGACGGAACCUUGAAUAUGAACUGCCUACGAGAGAAGUUGUACAUUCAGAUUGUCGGCGAGGACGUGGCAUGGGUUGAGGUGGAUGUUUACAAAAAGAAGACAACAAAACUUGUGCUGCAAAACCCUCGUCGAACAUUCUACUUCUACUCCCGCACUGAGGGUCGCACUUCCAUUCUCAGUGUUUCCCAUGUCCCUCCACCAGAGUCCCUGUCAGUUUUGAAUACGCCGGAGAGGGGAGGAGCACGGACGAGUCAGGAGAAGGCCUCUCUUGACCCGUCUGAAGGUCUGUCAAGAAGUGAGACAAGUAGUGAGGAAUCACUCGUUACUGCGCACGGCAAAGGUGCAGCCCAGAAGGACAAUAUCCCGAACCAGCGCACCACAGGUGCAAACAGAGACGAUCCUGCGCAGUGGUCUGGGAUGGAGGGUAUGGCUGAACCGGUCAUACCCGAGAUUGACGGUGCAGGGAAGCGGAUGCACCAAAAAGAAAUGAAGGUGGCCCUUCAGUUGCCGUGCCUCUCGUUCUCCUUUAUUUUCGGUUCACCGCCCUCAGCCGUUGAUCGAGCGAUGGGUGUGUACCGGAAUCCACGGGAGGCAUCGUCGCAGGCGUUAAGCUGUCCUUCACAAUUUCAGCUGGAUGUGCGGUCCCUCAAGUUCAGCAUCACCAGCAGGUACCUGGUCCCGUACAAUUUCGCUCGUAUAAAUGGGUCCGGGGGAAGCGGUGGACACGCUCUUCUCGCGCGUCACUUGUGCAGCUUCUCUAUUCAGCAAUUUCACCUUUUCGACUUCUCUCCAGAAGCUACUAACUUCCCAGUCGUUCUUGCCCCUGCCUCGCGUGCGUACUACUCGGAAGGCACCGCCGCUGCCACUUUCCCCGGGGCAGCAGAGUGCGAGAGCAUCGGCAGGCAGAAAUCCGCGUCUUUUUCCGGAGCAGAUAGGACCGGCAUUCUGCCAGUUUCGAGGCGAUGUGUUCGCAGAAACAACAGAGAUGGACUCGUUGAUGACGCGGGUCCCGCUCGGAUACAGGACAAGGCAUCUGCGGCAGCAGAACUGCACACGGACCCAGCUACUCUGCGCAUUGACGUUUUGGCUUCUUCCAAGCGACAACAGGGGUAUCCUGGAAUGUACCCCUUCAUGGUGUACGUUCAGCAGAGCAUCUGUGACCUCCGCGUUUCCUGCGCUCCUCUUGUGAUCAAAAUUGAUAUAGGUCGGAUCCUUUCAGCUCUGCGCGACUUUCUCGAAAUAGCCCGGGGCACCGCAUCACCCCUUCUCCUUCAAUUACAGUCUCGCCCGUUCCGCCUACCCGCCGGUUUGCAGGACAACUUGAAUAUCUCGACACGAGCGGGGAUAGUAGGCACGCUCCUGCCCGAGGUGGCGGGAAACAUUGAUCGUGUCUCAUCAGAGUGGUUCUUUCCUCCAGGUGUUAUGUUUCAAGAAGGCCGCCGGCGUUCGCCAACGUCCUCCCUGUCUGCACACCGUUGCUUAGUGACAUCGUCCUGGUCCGGUACCGCAGACGGAGAGUCGACAGCAUGCUGCGCCUUAGCGCCAGCUGCUCUUGGGCGACAGAAUCGGACGCAGGACGGUUUCUGUCUUUCCUCUUUGGAGAGAUCAAGCAGCCCUUCAGCAGGGCCUGCGCAUACUGCCUCACCAUCAGCUGUGGCUAGCUUUCCGUCCUUCUUCUUCACUUGUUUCCCGUCUGCGUCUGUGCCGGCGUUCGGUCCAUCAUUUACGCCUCCAGCCCCGCCAGCGACUGAGAUCACAGAACUCGCCGUUGAUUCACUCUACAUUGACCCCGUUAUUUUGAGCAUAUCCUUUUUCUUUGACGAUCUUCUGAAAGGGGCAAGGGAAUCGCGGUCCGCGCAAGUCAUGGUCGAACAACGACGGACAGGCAUUUGUCACACUGAUCUUAGCCCUCAAAAGAAUCCUGGUGAAAAGACGAACGAAUCAACUCCUGGGCAAAUGGCAUUGAUGGGAGGAACGUUUUGGCUAAGAGAAGCAGAAGAUCCUGCCAAGACGGAACGUCGCAUGCUACACCAGAAACUGCCUCACGAGCAUUCAGUAGCGGACCGUCUGUUGUCUGUUUUCUUGCGGUCGCUGAAUGUUGACAACGCCGUCGUCAACAUCCGAGACUUCUCAUUCGAGUACGCUGGUCUGCCGCUUUCUCUGGUUUUGUUUUUUCUUACCCAACACUUUCGAAAACAGCUCACGACGGCUGCGACCACCACUGCGCUUUCAACUGGCGGCCUUUUGAAUGUGGGAGCUUGGCAGGACCGCAUGAAGGCCUUUGAUGCAUUCAUUGCUACAGUGUUUUCUCCCAGUGCCGACAGUCUCGAAGCGUCUUCUGUAAUCAAUGCGACAUCCCUUCCGGCACAGAGAGGAUACUGUACCGGGAGGCCAGCAGACGCCCGACAUGAAACCAUACUCAGUAUCCGUCGGCGAAGAGGAGAAAACUCCCACUUCGUGCCGCCCAUGAGGGUCGAUCCAAAUGCUCUCGCCUCAGCAAUCCGAGCAGACCCUGAUCUGAUCAGAAGUAACGUGCUCAUGAGAGCAGAAGCUCUCGGCGCCGCAGCGUCAGUAAUCCUUGAAGGUCUCGCGGAUGCCGUUUCGCGUGUGUUCGGCCUCUACGGCGCCGCAGUGCUGUCUGCGUUCAUGGAUAUGUCCCACUCCAAUAUGGAAUCUCGUGGUGGGCAUGGCAGUAUUGCCUCAUCGGCCACCAGGACCCUCCAGCUGAUGGUGCCGGCUCCGCAAACAGCCGGGUUGGCUGAUGAAGUGCGGGAAGUUCAGCGACUGCCUCCGGCACUGUUGUUUGAAGGUCUAAUACGAGGAUGGACACGGCUUGUGCAAGAUUGCGGAGACGCACUCCAAGAUUUCGUGAGGUACCCUUUGGUGUCGGCGUCGACCCACGGCGUGGGACGUCUUCCCGGCGCCGUUCUGUCAGGGUGUCUGUCACUGAUGCUGAAGCCGCUCAUAGGCGUCUGCGAGUUUAUAGCACUGUCGGCGUCCGGAUUGCAAAACGAGCUCCGGCAGCGCCGCCCUCAGCUGAGUAGUUCGCAGCAGCUCCUCCUGCAACAGCUGCUUCUGCUGAUGCGUGGGAGUCCGGUCGGAGGUGGGGCAGCGCCUGCGCCCUUCCUGGGCUCUGCCACUAUCGCUCCUCACUUUAUAUUAAGCACGAACUCUGCGCAGCUGCCCAUGCUUUCCCGGUCGCCAACGGCCCCUCUGUCUGCUUCCUCGGCUGCGUCAGCGGCGCUUGCUUUCGCCUCGUCGUCUUCGUACACAAACCUUCUACCUCUGCCGCGCAUGCUGUACGGUCCGGAACGCGUUUUGCAGCCCUACGACUCACGCGACUCCUUCAUCCAGUUGAUGCUGAUGCAGCUCCCGGCGCUGCGAGGACUUGCAUACACAACUCAUGCACGGGAUCGACGACCCCCUGCCGCGGCUGCCGAAGUCGCUCACGCCAUGGGCAUCGCAUUUAAGCGGCACCCAGAGAUUGGACCAGCGCUCUGGAAGGCUCCGCCGUCGGAGGCGUACCCGGAGAUGCCCUCUGGUCUUCUCGUGGAGGCGAGACACGGCAGCCACGAGCGUGGCGGUCGGCGACGAAGUGGGUACUGUUCUGCUGGCGUCUUCAUUCUUGUUAUCGCAGGAGACACGUGUUUCGUGGUAAUAGGGUGGCCUCUCGUCGUUCUAUUGCGUUUCAAAGUCAAACAUAUCUCAAGUGUACACUGCGUGCAAGUUCCCGCGCGGUCAGUCCGGCCGCCUCCUGGAGAGAAUGCUUCGUCUCGUGGCAAACAGAGGUCUCGUAGGGACUGGCGCCGAGACAGCGGGGGUGGUGACCCUCUCGCCACCACUCCAGCGCGGCGAGAGCCGGAUCAGGCAGAUGAGAAGGCGAACACCGCUACGGCCACUCCAGACAAGAACAGCAAGGAUCCAGGCCUCGAAUAUCAGCUGAUGCCCGAGACGUCCUUCCGCCGAAAGCGCGGACCACAGUCCAGCCACCGUUGCCGCGUCGUUAUCUGCGUGGCUAUGGAUGACGAGCUCAGUGACCAAGUCAGCCGGUGCAAUGCCGCGGUCUCAGCAGCUUCUGCGUCGAUCGCUUCCUCUCAUGUCGGUGCUGCCGGAGCCCUGAGUGCCACAAGCAGGGGGAUAGGUGGUCCUUUCUUCGGAGCAGGAUUUGCAGCUAUCGGACGUGUCUGGCAGAAGUCCGUGGGUUUCUCGCAAGUCUCUCUCGACGACACAGACGGGUCAGAGCAAUUCGAACACCCAGCGGCCAUGCAUCGUCUUUUCUGGGUCGUAGAUGUUUCGCCUCCUACACAGAGAGAAAAUGUGGGUGACUUAGCCUCUUCAAGCAGUCCGCGACCAGCUGGCAACGAAUCGCGCCCCGUGAGGAAUUCCCAGUUCCGUAGUGGACUUGCAGAGGGUGCAGCGGCAGACUCUACUUCCCUGCCAGUUGACGAAUCUGAUCAAGAGAACGAUCAUGCGACCGGCUCUCCGCUAGUGCCAGGCAGAGCCAGCCCUUCCGGGGAUGGUGAAAGGCGGCGCAGUAUCGCAGCCUCAACAGUGUCCAACAAGGUAGGCCCGCAAACGAGUGGCAGGACGGCCACGAGUCCGAGAGUUGGCCAAGAUGGAGGUGGCACAAGAGACGGCAGAAGCUUGCGAUGGAUGGUUCUCCAACUCAACUCCGUCGAUGAAGACAAGGCCCAGGAGUUCAAGAGAGAGAUCGUUCGGGUGAACGCGUUGUCUUGUUGA